AUGUAUCCAACGCCAACAGUACCAUCAACACAUCAGUCUUUGGUACCAUUAAUAGAACGACGGCAAAGACAACAGCAUAAUCAACGAAGAAGACAACAAAAGUAUAGCCGGAAUCCAAUCGUGGAUUCUGGUCUUUAUAAAGCAUAUCGAGAUCGACAGAACAAGGAUGGAAAUCCAGAAGACCAUAAAUGGCCACGGCGGCUUGAGAUUGCUUUCUUGGAUGCCCUGAUCGAUAUCCCGCAUAUGGGAAGGCGAAAGUUUUCCUUUCGUGGGAAACCUCAUGGCCGUAAUGAGUUGAUCAAGGAAUAUUUAUGGAUUGCGUAUCUGGAAAGUCUUCCGCCUGGUCAACCACCAGACAUGUCAAUGGCUCGGACGCGGAAGCAGGUUUCCAGUCAUAUCCAAGUUUUGAAGACUUUUUUCAAAGACCAUCCCGCAUAUGAACGCCUCUUUCCACCAAAGCAGAUUGCAAAGAAUGGAUUUGAGGACUCUUUCAAGAAUGACCCAUGCCUGAGAGCGCUUUCACAGGGUCGAUUACCACAUAAACGAUAUGAUCAUUAUGAUGAGAUCAGUCAGAUGAUGAAGACGCAUCACCCGCCUAUGAAGCCGACUAUGUUUUGGUUACUUAUUACCAGUAUAACUAUCGAAAGCGGGAGAAAUACUGGCGAACAGGAUUUGUACAACGAAGGAAUUGUCUUACACAAGUACACCGGCCUAUCAGCUCAAAGACCACGCGCCAGUCUGGAAUCAAUCCCGAAUUGGCGUCAACGCUUUCCUAUCCUUUCCACCGCGCGAGAUCUAGACUGUGACAUUAUCCACAUGGACACAUCUCUCAGUCUAAUGUCAACUUACCCGCCAGCAGGAGCAGAGUUGGUUUCUCGAACCGAACUUUCCAUGCCUGGGUGCGAGCUAGAAAACUGCGUCUGGCAAAUCAAUACCUCGUUCACGAUGCCACCUACUCUCAGCCGCAAUCCCACCAUCGAUCUCGACGAAGAAUCUUCGACAUCCAUCAAUCACGUCGUGUCUGUGACUCAAGACGAGACUCGCAUCAAAGUUCCCUUUCCUGCAAAGGUAUGGGCACACGCGCUCACCUGUCUCACUGAUGCACAGCUUCGUUAUGAGGAGAGACGCAAGUCCUACCAUCCCAAUUCCGAAUCGCGGAAAUCCGCGAGAGAAUACGUGGAUCAGAUUUCUAUGUAUCAAGCUAUACAGUCCUCGCCAUCCAACGGUCAUCCCUUCGAAACACGAGCUAUCAUCCUGUGGACCUUCCGCAAAGCAUCACACGGCGAGCCCAGUGCCACGAGCUGGAGAUACUUGGACGCUGCUCCUCCACGCCGGAGCGUGAUGAGCCCGAGUCCGCAUCACAGCAGCCAGUUGUCGGCGAUUAUGCACGAGAACUUCAAUGCGUUCGUCGAGCCAGCCCACCAGCCUAGCAUGCUCGAUGCGUUUCCCGCACCUAAUCUGCAUAGUUCGUUUGCGAACCAGGGGUACGGGUUCACGGCGCCGACGGGCUUUGAAAUGCCGCCUGAGAAUUUGAGCUUUUCCAGUACGGUGACGGCAGAUAGCGAUGGCACGCUUGUUGGGGAGACAGAGUCGAACAUCAAUCACUACCUUGCGAAUGCGAAUGUGAACGUCAAUAUGGAUUAUAGCCACGAUGCGCAUAAUUGGCCCUUGCCUGGCAGCGAGAGCUUUGGGGAAGAUCCGGCUUGGGGCAAUUAUCCGGCACCGAGUAGUACGCCGCAGAUCGCCUGGGAUGCCCCGAGUGAAGCCAAAAUGGCUGAUCAGUGGAAUAAUGGGAUGGAUGGGAAGCCUAUUGCCUGGGCUGACGAGUCGACGCCGACGCAAAAGAAUGGAUGGGAGGGGAGUCCUGUGGAUAAACAUUGGGCUCCUGAGUUGGAAGCAGAUGACAAUAUCAAUCCUGCCAAUCAGCCUGGUUACGAACAGAUGGAACAGAGCAUCGAGCAUAGUCUUGAGGAGAAGUUACGGCCGUGGAUUCAACAUCACUCUGCUGAGGACGCCGUGACUGCCAAUUUUGCUCAUGAUGGGGUGUCGGGUUCUAGUAUUCCGAAUUUGGAAGCAAUUGUUGAAGCGAAUAGUAAGGAGACGUGGGGUGAUGUGGAGACAAGGGAGGAAGGAUGGGUUGAUGUUCCUAGUGGGGAUGACUUUGAUUUUGCCAGAUUGGAACAGUUAAAGUGA